CUUAGAAUUUAUCUCGGUGCUUCUGAAACGUACGCUUCCGCUUAAUAAUAGUGCCUUCAUUUUGAUUCACUUAGGGGCAACACAAAGGAUCGAUAUUUCAGUCAAGUCUGCUUGUUCCCGAUUGGCCUCUGUCCAGGCUGCAUUCAGUCAUUUUCCACCCUAUAGGACUCCUCGACCCUUUACGGCCCUAUAAAGGUUUUGCGUUUCGCUCUACGAAUAGAUCGGUCUAGCAGGUUAUAUUUGCAUAUCCAUCUAUAUACACGGACAUGUUGGACGACAUGUUGCCAGGUUUAUGCUCCAUGCUCUUCGACAGGGAGAACGGGCUGUUAAGGAAAUAUGGCUGGUAGUUACGAAAAAGCCAGCUGUGCAAGCAUAUGCUUGUGUUCCUGUUGAUAUUCAGUGAGCACCCCGAACCUGCACGAGCUAUUGGAUCCAACCUAACUGGUUAUUGAAGAUCGGUCCUGGUUAUACCAUGUGCAUAUUAGUCUAAACUAGGUUUCGAAGCAACCUUUUUUUUUUAUUUACUUCGUUUAAUUUUCCGUACUGAACUUCGCACCGAUACCUUGCAAUGGACAAAACAAUGACCCAUUUGGAAUACAGGUAGGACGUGCGAUAAAAAUCAAGCGGCCAGAUAAUACUAUACUAUAAAAACGAUGUAUUUUAAGCCAAUUGUAUCUAGUUACCUUGGAAAUAUUAAUUUUCAGGUAAACUGGAUACAAUUAAAGUAAGCAUCCCACAUCUGCGUUCCACCAAGAAAUGUAGAUUCGAGUGCUGGACGUGAUGUCAUCAAACUGCAGACGAGGCCACAGGUAGAAGGCCGUAUUUUGUGUAGGUUCUCUCCUUCCAAGAUUUGAAGUCAAAUGUAUACAGAUUCGUAUCGGGUGCCGGACGCCUAAGGCAAUUUCGACAGAACCAUAACGUGGUACAAUGACGAUAGACAAACCUAAUUUUUCCGCAUAUUUAACUAGCUAUCAAUAACUGAACAGAGUAGGGUAUCCCAUCCUUAAGCCAUACAAAACGAGUCGCUACGGGAUAACCAAAAUCACUUUAACAUAUAGAACGCAAUAAUAUUUUAGUUCCAGUUAGGCGAUGCGUGAACAUCUGGUCCUGUCGUUACUCGAGCGCCUCGUUCGUUCCUAGACUUCAACACACAUUGACUGUUUGUCUAGCUAUUACCGCUUGUCACUUGGUAAUGUUCAGGUAUUCAGUUCCAGCUUACCGAUCGCUGACAACUAGUGAACUCAUGCGCCCUUUCUAGUUCCUUCGUGUUCACUGCUUAUUCGGUCCAUUAACAAAUGAGAUACUACAAAAGCUUGCGAACGACCGACGGAGCAGUCGACGUUAAUCGAGAGAUAUUGCUUCGUUCUUGGCAGAACGAUAUCAAUGUCGGUUGCUGGCAAUAAUGAGGCAAGGCUGCUCUAUGAGGCCGGUGGAGCAGCAGAUAAGUCAAUAUUGACAACGAAAAUUGUGUGAUAGUGAGUGCGGCUACAAACAUGUGCAUCAACCUUUCCUGAGGUAAGCUAUACUAUCGAUAGCGCGCCCUACAGGUGAAAGGAAUGCCUCCGGAUAUUGCCCAUAACAAUCGAACAGCGUCCGAUGUUGCAAACAUACAAAGUUCGGUGGAGACAGCGUCCGAGGAGACGACCUCGACCUUCGCAGCAACCCCAUCAGUGCACCACCGGUUCGAGGAUGACCGAACGCGCAUCUCCGAUGAUGACGACAUUGUAGUGCUUGCACACCGCAAUCUGAUCUACCGUGACGACAAGAAACUUAAAUGGCCUGAGGAAGAAGUUGUUGAUGACGAAGAGGAAGAGUAUAUCGUUGAUGAAAAAUAUCGGAUGGACGAUCGUAACUUUCGACAUCACAUAUGCGAGGUCGGUGGCUGCUCAGAUGCCCGCUGCGGAGAGAGGAGAGGAAAGAGUGUCGGCGAGUUGAAAGCUACAAAAACCCCAAGAUUGGAUAAAAUCUCUAGAGAUAUGGCUGAGAUGAAAUCUAACAUUGCUGCGCCGAGCACUCCGGUUGUGGCUGGCGAAACCAAGCAUAAAGAAGUAGUUCCAGCUAAGGACGUCAAGGACAUCCCUAAGCCUAAAGUUGACAUUGCUGAGGACGAUUCCAGACGAAAGAAGAAGCUAAUGCCAGAAGAGAUCCGGAAGAAGGUCACAAAGGGAUUUAUUUUAAGGCAAGGGUCGGAACAUGAGUUGCCAGAGGAGGAAAAAAGUGCGAGCGGUGAGGACAAAAAGAAGGCGCCGCCAGAGGAAAGUAAAAAGGCGCCGCAAGAGGAAAAAAAGAAAAAAGUGUCGUCUGAAGAACCUCGUAAGGUAAAGGUGAAACUGGCUGAUAAAGAAAUGGCAGGCCCGGAAGAAAGUGAAUCAGAGAGUGGCAGUAAGGAGGUAGAUCAAAAACAAAAACCGCCCGUUACCGAUAAACCGCAGAUAGAAAGUCCAACAGCCAUUGUGACUCCUGUAGAUGACACUAAACGAAAGGCAGUUCGUGACACCGUAACUACGAAGCAGAAACCACCAGUAAGUGAAGAGCAAAAACAGAAAAGUUCUGUUAUACUGCCUAGUGAAAGUUCUGUAGUUUCCCGUAAAGUUGAUAUUUCUAAAGAGGAAACUGAUGAAAAAAGCAAACCAACUCGUCAAAAAUCUUCUGGAGAAAAAACGAAAGCAUCUAGAGGGGCUACACUCCCUUCCGUCGAGCCAAAACGCAGAAGAAAGUCUCAGGACUCUAGAAAAAAGGAAACGAAAGGCAUGAAAAGGGGCUCCGUUGCGCCGCUUUCACGACGAUUCUCCAAGCCGCGUAAGGCGCUUACCCGAGGCCAAAUCCGAAGGAAAGUGACGAAGGGUUUUUUUGUGCGACAGUCAACAGAUAAUAUGGUAUCAAAUGCACAACGAAGUGACACCAGAAGUAAAGGCCCUCGAGAAAACAGAUCUGAACCUGCAGAAAAAAAGCUUGCAAGACCUGAAGGAGGAAGAAGUCAACUUAAUGAGGAAGACCAAAAAAGAUCUACACAAAGAGAAAAAAUGCAGCGUUCUAAAGAAGUUUUUCGGGGAUCAUCGUCUGUAAAAAAGGUGGAAAGAGUAUCUCUUAAAGAAAAUGCCCAAGAAGAAGGAUCCGAUAUUAUGAAGCAAUCGUUUCCAGAAGUUAAACAUGAAGGUCCCAUUAAGCUUCAGUUAAGUGACGUCCGGCCAGCGAGGGGUAGCAAGGGUGAACAAAUGGAACGUCGAGCUCGUUCAGGUUCCGAAACACCGCCUAAUAAGGCAGAGAAGAAAAAAAUACUUGAUACACCAUCGGAUCUAGAUGAUAUAGUCCAAAGGGCCACUUGGGCUGGUUCCCCUACACCAGUUCCUUACAAUAUCAAUGGGCGUCGGAAAGGAAAAAAGGAAGCCGAAAAAGCGCAGAAAAAAGGGUCCUCCGGUUCUGAUGAGGUACGAGGUGUUUACGGAGCAAAACUUAAGGUCGAGGACACUAAAAAAGGACCUAGUAAAGAGAAAUCGGACGGAGAUGAAAAAUCAUCCUCAAAACAUGAAACCGCUAAAGAUUAUGGAUCACCUUUAGGUGAGACGUCGGUCGUAACAAUACCAGGGAAGCCAGCAGAAGAUGGUUGUAGCAUUAGGCCCGAAGACCAAUCGCAGGCUGCCCUUGAAACGCCUUCUAAUUCAGACAAGCGGUAAAAUUAGAGCUGUGCUCGUAAGGAUUCUUCCUUCAAAAAGGAAAAGGAAUAGGCUUGAAGGAAUACUGCAGUGUUGCGACCGUCAUCUCUACACGGAAAUAAGCGCUCUAGCUUUGUGUAUUGUGAGUAUCUCUGGGAGUUCGAGCUUUGAGAUCUUGCGUGGUUGCUUUGCAGACUCCUCUAUAGCGACGACUCUAGAUUUAUUGUCCUUUGCCGCAAAUGACAGGAUGUACAUUGUAUAUCGUUAUGGUGCAGAUGUCGGAAGAUGAACUCUUUGAAAACAACAGGAUUAUUAAAAAGUUAUUACUCUUAAGACUUAAUACCUGUCAGUAAAUAAUGAAGGCGCGAAAGCUUCUAUGACUAGAAAAGCCUCACGGUACUUAAUAGAAAACUCUUCUCCUCUAUAUAAUGUCAAAAACGUAUCCAUGAGGUUAAAGAAUUACAUGUUCUAGUACGUUGUACAGCUUGCGAAUAGCAUACCUCGCUUUGUGGUUUUCUCUCUCUCUCUCAGAUGGUAAUCUGUUAUCGCAAGGACAAUGUAUGUUUCCGUUUUACCUUGCAAGAAGAAUGAUUACGUCAAAAUGAUCACGUAAUGGUCUAUCGCGAUUUCCGUUCACGACCGCAAGGGCAGUGGACAAUUGUAACACAUGUUUGAAAGCAGAAUUUCACCUCGAGAACAAAUAUACCAAUGAGAGAGGUACCUUAUGGUGUGAUUAUAGUUACCGACCCGCACUAGGCCUCGUUGUGGUUCUAUCCAUCAAUAGCGCCGAAUAUCGAUGCACUCAUAUGGAAAACAGGACCGCCGUGAUUUGUGUCAAGUGUAAGAAAUUGACCCAAGCGCUUUGCUGGUACUUCGCCACGGUGAAAUCGAUGUAGUCUGUCUUUAUCUGGUAAGGAUUUCAGCCGCAGGAAGCAACUACAAGAACUAAACAAGAACGAGUUUUCUCCAAGGAGAACAAACCGUAUCUCAAACCACCACAAAGUAGGAAAAAAAUGUUUGCACUGAUGAAAACAUGCUUUGCCAAAUAGACAGUAACCCAUUAAAGUUUGAGAUUCUAAACCGGAUCGACUGUUAAAAAAGCUCUCAGAGUAAUCGGGUUAGUUCUCCUUCACCUUCACAGAAAAAGUGCAAACGUUACCAAAAUUGUAGCAAAUAUAAAGUUAAGCGUAAUUUUCCGUAG